CGUUCUGUACUCAUCGGCGAAACGUUCGAAACGCUUCCCAUGGCACGGGAUCACGCGGCCAGCGUUACGUUUAGGCGACGCUUCCGUUUUCGUCACACUUGGCUGCGUCACCACGAGAGCGCCGCUUCAUUCUGCUGGAGAGCUUUCACGCGCAAAAGCUCUCCGUCAUCUGCGCCGAACAGACGCGCUCAUGCUAGCUCGCUUUCACAAACGGAAUCCGAAUGGCGUCGUGCGAAUGGAAAGGGACGAUAAAAGUGCGGCUGACGAAAUCAAUCGAAACCGAGAAGUUCGCCUCUGCUGCUGCUGGGCUGGUGAGCAGCAACCAAUGUGAAGAAAAAUCGUCAUACUCGUGUGAGAUCAGUCAUUUGGAUCGGAGGUGUGUUUUUCGAGUGCUCCUUGAAUUCGGAAAAUUUUCCUGUUCUGCGACUGGAUUUCGGUCCAUUGGCGUAGGUUAAUCGGUGGAUUAAAUCGCGUGGGUGUUAAUCGCGGUGUGAUAAAUCGUCGGAUCGAAGUGCUGCUGCGUAAAAUAUCGAAGUUGGCGGUGGUGAAAAAUCUAUUUCGAAUGCGAAAUGCGCUUCCUGCUUCUUGGCUCGGUCUCUUUUCGCCGUCUCCCCGUGUGAGCCAGAAGGAGUGAGUAGUGAGGUGUGAGUUGGUGAGAAUCGUAGUGAAAAAGGGAUAAAAAUUGUAAUUUCAUUGCAAAGCUUCUGGGGUCAGGCCGUUUUUGUUCGUAAGAUCUGCAGCAUAUUGCUUGGAGUGGAGCUGAUAGAAGGAAGAAUUUUGUUGCGAUUGGCAGCAGCCGGAAUCGCUUCGAGCCCAUCGAGAGUGCAUAAUUCCAUAUUGCGAGGGAAGUACAGUGAUAGCUGAAUUUUCUUGCAUAAUUCAGCGCGAAUCAUUCCGUUCGGUUGUGUGAUUCGACAAAGCCUUUCUGUAUAGAAGGCACGAGUGUUGCGGGAAAGGGAAAAAUCGAAAUUUUCAACCGCAAAGAAGCGACGGAAAAACGAUUUGUGUCGUGUGAGAACGAAGAGCAGCAGCAGGCUUCAAACAUUGAACGGAGAUAGGAAGGCAAAAAAACUUCACAGCCGUCUCGCAUCUGCGUUGGUGUGAGUGCAAGCGUUCGGCUGCUCAUAAGCGUGUGUUGGGUCACCGAAUCGUUGCCAUCGGAUGAGCCAUCACAUGGGAUCAACCCUUGAACGCAGAACAUCUCCACUUUUUUUUCGGCUGACCGAUAGCAUUGAUUGACUGGCCUUUCUUUUCUACACUAAAGUGAAGUUAAACGUUGGCAAGUUAGAUGCGAAACGACAUUAACGUCGAGUGAAUUGCACAAGUGCGCGCGCGGUUGCCCCAUCUCAUGAGAAGUGCUGAGCCGGCUUUUUCUGCUUUGGAAACCGGCGACGGUAGUGCACCAACAACGCCGCCUCAGUUCUUUUGUAGAUGUGUGUUGUUGGUGGGGAUUUGAGUGCGGUUGAAGAAUAAGAGUGGAAAGAUCCAUGAAGAAACCGAGUGUACGGUCGUUUCGAGCCGGUCAUUUGGAAGCAAAGCAAAAGUGAAAUACAAAACCCGGUUCACAUCGGCCAGCAUUGUCGCACAUUGUUGUUUUUGACCGGGUAAAGUGAAGGCAGAAGAAAACGGGGAAGAAGAUUAAGCCGGUCGGUGCGGUGUGUUAUGUGAGUUGCGUAUUCACUCGCCGAGGGGCGUACAUAUGCGUGAAUGGGACUAGCUGGCGCGGCAACGAAAGUGUUAAUCCAAAGUCCCAAUGAGGAGAUGGCUCCAGCUCUCACCGAGCCGUUGAGUCAAAGCAAACUCUCGUCGCCGGCAGCAUCUGGGGCAUCACCUCGCACAGAGGGGGAGUCUACGAGUCAACAGGAAGUUCCCAGCAGUGAGAGUACGGAUUCGGGUGCCGGUACGGCAUCGACUAUACCCAGCGAAACGGACGUUAACCUGAGAAAUACUUCUUCCUCUUCCGGAAUAGAUCCAUUGGUAGACGAUAUUCAGAAUAACAACAGUAGUGGUGGAGAAUUGUUGAAGAUUGAUCCGGAAGGUGGGCAAGAUCUCAUUGAGCUUGCCCUGGAGCAGCUUCAUCGAGAUGUAAACGAAAGCGAAACGGCGGUUGGUGAUGCAGCUACCGCUAGUGGUAGUGCAGAUCCUGCUGCAUUUAUAGCCCAGGCUGUGAUUGAUGAAAUGGCUCACGCUGAUAUUGUCACCGGCGAGCAAGUCGGUGCGGUUGAUCCCCAAUCCGAGCUGCAACAGCUGGAUUCCCAAUCUUCACUGAUAUCCAGUUCCAGCACUGCGUUGGGUUUACAGAAAGAUUAUCUCAAAGAUAACCCCGAUAUGGAGCAGAUGCUCGGUGAAUUGGCUUCCACUUCAGAUAUGGAACUCUUGCAAGUGUUCAAAAGCUUGGAAGGCAAUCCCAGUGGAGAUGGUCUGUGUGCUGAACUUGCAGGUGGAUUAUCACUCUUCAAUGACGUAGACGUUGUAAAUAUUUACGAGGAAGCCGCUCAGGCGACACCACCUAAUAAGGAUCGUGAGCGACUUGAGCUGCAUGCCGAUAUCGUUAAGCGGCAGGCACAAAUGCAGCGUAAAUACGACUUCCUAAUUCGGCGGCUCAAUAAACUACAAGCACGAUACAUGGGACUACAUGUGAGCGAAGAAAUAACCGGUUUAUUCGAGUACUCCCAACGCUAUUGGAAGAAAAAAGACAAGGAACAUACCAAAGGCCUCAGUACGGGACCCUCUGCGGCAUCCCCUACGCCUCUGAUUCCAGACAUAAUUCCUUAUCAACCUCCUCCCCCAACCGCUGAGAAAUUGAAACCCAUUUCGACCAAUGCUAUGAAAACCUUUGUAAAGCGACUGGAAGGGAUUGCCACUACCCAGUGUUCGACGCAAACCAAACGGAUUUACGGCAAUCGUUAUUUUCAAGGAACCGCCAGCAGCCCACCGGAUGCAAUGGUGGGCACUACCUACACGACGCUAUCGACGACGAUUCCCAAGUUCGAGGAUCUGACAAUUGAUCAGCUCGAGCAAACGGCCGGAUUGUUACAUUCGGAACUGAAGCAGGUGCAGUGUACGAUCGACUCGGAAGCAACUGCCAGCAGUUCCGGCGGUGAAUCCGCCGACGAGAUGGUGAUGUACAACAACAUGAAUCAGCAGCCGUUGGGAAUUGCCAAACGUGCUGCGUGGCGAUGGGCCAAAGAUCGAGCCUCGGUCGCGGCCCGAUGGACCUGGCUGUUGGCACAGAUUUCCGAUCUCGAGUAUCGCAUUCGGCAGCACAACGAACUGCACAACAAAAUAAAAAUCAACAAAGGGGCGGUCACGCUGGAAGCCGCAUCGUCGUCAUCUAGUCAACCUCCCUCGCAGCAAUCGGUCAACGGAUAUCGGGGCACUCUGCCCGGUAACAACAAACCGUUGGAUGAUAGUUACGAUUCCGCCGCAAUGAGUAGUUCUGGCCUGAAUGGAGCGUAUGACCAAAGCGGUGGCUCCUGUCGAACGCGAGCCUUCCAUCGGAAUGGAUUCCGAAAGCGGAAAUUACUGCAGACUGCAAAUCUGCAUACAAUUUCCAAGAAAGCUGCGCGACCUAGUACCGUAAAAUGUGGCUGUGCGUGGCCGUUACACCCGUGUGCGCUGUGUACCGGCCGGCAAGAUCCUUCUGCGCCACGAGACCUACCUGAUACGAUGCCGGCAUCGGACAGGGUGGCAUUACUGGAUCCCUGCUUCCACCCAGUGUUAAGUUUUCCCGAAGACGUCUCCCACAGCGUACACUUCGAGGCGAUAAUGCGGAUACCGGAGUGGCAGAACAAGAUGAUUCGCUGUUCGGCAAAAUCGCUGAGCAAAAGCAUCGCCCAAAAGAGCGGUUUGAACUCCACCGCUUCGUCACCGCCCAUCGGGGGUUGCGGUGUGCUACCCUCCAGUGCCGCUCCGUCGUUUCUUUCGUCCGGCGACGAAACUGCGGCACCACUUUUUGUCGGCGGAAACAAAAAGUACGGCCCGGAUGGCAAGCGGAAGUACAACAAACACAAGCAUGGCAGUUCGCAGCCUAAUCACAAACUCAAAAAAUCGAAAUCUCGACAAAACCUGCUGCCCAGUGGCCGAAAGUCCUCUACCGGCGGGUAUCCUCCCAGCGCCGGCGGCCAAUACGGCAUUUCCAGUGGGUACGGCGCUACGCCUGGGGCUAGCUCCAACAAGUACUACAAAAGCUCCAGCAGCAAGUAUCGGAAAUCAUCACACUCAUCGACGACGGUGCCGGGCGCCGGAGGUCAUAGUCGGUACAAUAGUGGCUGUUAUGAUUACAUGGAUUCCACCGGAAUGCAACACGAUGGAGCCGGCAGCAACAGCAGCAGAAGCAAGAACUCUUCCCCUACACCAAAUCAUCACAGAAAUGAGAGGAAAAACCGGAUCUCUUACGAUAUCGAUAACAUCGUUAUCCCAUAUAGCGUGGCUGCAGCAAAUAGGGUAGAAAUUCUCCAAUAUAAGGAAAUCACGACACCUAAAUGGCGCGUCAUUGGUGAUAACGAUGAAGCAACAGAUUUGGACAUUUCUGUAGCAAAUAAAACCCAUGAUAGCACGACGGAUUCGGCCAUCCUUAAUACUAGUCAAACCUCUCAGGCAGAAUCAAACGAUAAAAAACUGCCGAACGUAUCGACGGUAACCGUUGUCAAAAAACCAUCGCAAACGGUAUCAGCACCGGUAUUGCCAGUAUCUGCCACUAACGCUCCCGGAAUCAACAAAACGGUCUCAGAAGGUCAGUUGAUUGUGUUACCGUCGAUCGACGAGGAAGACAUCUCUGAUGAGAUCAUUCUCGUAAAGCACGACCGGGCGCUACAGGAGGAACGGAAAAAGUUCCAAACCUACAUGAAGUUCCCAUGGAGUAGGCCUCGAGCAAAUCGACGAAUCGACAGCCGAGCGGAAUCGAGUGGUCGUAACACUCCGGAUCCAACUUCUCCGGCGCCACCGACUCCGCUGGUGGAUCAUGAGUUCAACACUUCUCCCGCAUGUCCGUCAACGCCUCUCACACCGUUGGACUCCCUGGAGUUAUCUGAAACAAGUGUAAUCAAUGCUUUGAAUCAGAGCUUGAACAAGAAAGAACGAAGGCGAACAGUUUCGAGCAAAACGCCGCGGGAGGAGAUUCCGCGCGGUAAUUCGCCAGAUAUUCGAGAAAUUAUUCCUCCAUACGAGCCGCUGCACUUCCCUCUGGCGGACGAACUCUAUGAGGAUAUGGUUCGCACGAUGCCAAGUGACCACCUCGCACUAGUGGAAGAUGCCAUAAGCAAGCUAACGCGACCAAAUAGACCCAACAAUAAUAUAUUGUUGAUCAACCGCAAUAACCUGAACUUAGCGCCCUCGAGCAGCGGCCACCACGAGAAUCCACUGAGUUCUAAUCUAUCGACAACCUCGACCACCCUGUCGGCCACCGAAAACGACCUGGAAGACUUGGAUUGCGACGAACAAGAACUUUUGCAGGCCAAGAAAGUGGAGAAUAAAAUGAUCAUGGAAAAGCUGCUCAAGAAUAAUUGUGAAGAAAACCGAAUGUUUGUCGGGGUGCAGGAAGUGUUGGAUGAUGACGAUCCUAUGGAUGACGAGGAAACCGAUACCGGCGAAUCGCUUUUUGUGGAAGAGGAUGAUCCCAACGAUCCAGAAUGGUACGAUAGGCCUGGGCGGGGACGAACGUAAAUUGUUGCCCGCCUUUCUCUCUCCGGAUCUGACUGGAGGGCUCUGAUCUCGAUCGCCGCAGUUGUUUGGUUUCUUAAUUCCCCUUUGUAUUUUUCCUAGACUACAACUUUUGUUUUAACUAUAAACUUUCUAGAUUAUGAGUAAUAGAAUUCUCCAUUAGCUGUUUGUACAGAUAAGAAUUCUUGUUUAAGAGGAGGAAGCAAAAACAUACAGGAUAAAAUCUUAUUUUGUCUUUGUCAUAAAACUUAUUUCAUAAAUGCAACAAAAGCACAUAAUAAUUCAUAUAUGGCGAUGUUGGCCCUUGGGCAUUAGGAGAAACGCUGAACUUGUUUGGAAAACACCUGACAUCAUUUGAUGGAGCUGAUAAAAAAAUCUCUUACCACAAUUCGCCGGGCAUUAUCACUACUCUCAACAUUUAAAAUAAGAAAAAAAUAAUCACAUAGGACACAAACCAACAUUAAACGCAAAAUAAACAUAAUGUUUAAAUAUCUAACUCACCGCAAAAGAAACUACUAAUCUGUGUUGUCUAAUACAGAUAAUUAAGUCGAAAUGAACGCUUAGAAAGAUAAAGCUGUGUUUGUUUUAUGAUUUUUUUCUUUGUAAAUAAUCUCCAUAAUCAUUGUAAUACCAUACCGCCCUGUCACCGUGUUUUAGGUUUCCCGUCACGUUCGAUUUCCAUUUUGCUUUCCUCAGGUAUAAAUAAUUUUGUAAAUUUCACCUGUAUAAAUGACAUUUUGCAUACACGUAGAGAAAAUAAGAAACUGUAAUGCGAUUUUUAAGACCUUCUGUUAGUUAGUUUGUUUUGUUUCUGUACAAAAAUAUGAAAUAUUAAAAGGAUCCAUUUUUUAGUUCGUUUGUUUUGCGCUGAAAAUUUUAUCGUUGGCAACGGUUAAAGCAAAAGUGUUGUAAUUUUGGUCUAUGCAAAAUUGCAAAACAAGACGUUAUAACAAAGAUAGAUAACACAAUAGCAAGUAAGAUUUCCAGGGCUAAGCAGAUGAAAAUAUAUAUAAAAAGAACUGUAGAAAGCUGCAGAUUUGAGUGUAAAACUGUAACCAGUACUCGUCAAAAUAAAAUGCUCGGCGCUUGGUUGCUCGUUGGAAAAGAAUGACCAUGGUCGGGAUUAUAACAUACGAA